UGGGCCUGGCUGGGCUCCCUGUUGUUGGUCUACGUGCUGGGUCUGGGUCUGACCCCACCAGCCCUGGCUCAGGAUGACCCUAGGUACAGAAGCUUCCUGACCAAGCAUUAUGAUGCCAAACCAUGGGGCCGGAAUGACAAAUACUGUGAAAUCAUGAUGAAGAGAAGAGGCCUGACCACACCCUGCAAAGACACCAAUACCUUUAUUCAUGACAACAAGAAAAACAUCAAAGCCAUCUGUGGAAAUAAUGGAGAACCUUACUGAGAAGGUUUAAGACUGAGCAAGUCUCUUUUCCAGGUCACCACCUGCAGGCAUAGGGGAGGGUCCCCUCGGCCUCUGUGCCAGUAUAGAGCUACUGCAGGGUUCAGACACAUUGUUGUUGGCUGUGAACAUGGCUUACCUGUUCACUUUGAUGAGUCCUUUUUCAGUCCAUAAUCAGAGGCCACAGCUGGCUCUGCUCUCUUUUCCUUGCAUUUCUCUCCACAUCCCAGAAUGGUGGUGGCAACAUUCAUGGUCAGGGGCCUAGAGAAUGAGCUGCCUGGAUCUCUUGUUUUCCAACAUGAUCUCUUUAUUUUACAACAUGUUCAAUAAAUAAAAAUGUCUCUGAAAUCAGUAAGGCUCAGAGCCUUGUCACUAAUUAUUGGCCUAUUAAUCUCUUCCAUUCUCUCCGUUCAACUGCUCCCAGAGAGGAUUGGAUUGAAUAGAAAUGCCCUUUUCAUUAUCAGUUCCUUAUCAGUCAGUAAGGAGGUGGACUUUAGCCUUCUGUAAAUGUAAGGUUGUUAGAUUCAUUUUGCAGAGAGAACUAGGAAAACUCCAGGGCUCGUGGCAAAUAACAGAAGGGGAAAAUAGAAAGGGGAAAAUUAUAAGCCAGUAUUACUUUUACAAAUGUUAAACCUUGAGAAGAACAGUUUAAGAGUAAAUACCAAUAGAUUCAUUCCACUUUUUUUUCACACACGUACUUGUACAUGUACUCCUGCAUGAAUUCCAAAGGGCAGCUACCACUCAUCUUAAGCAGGAGGUAAUUUUUUGAUGUUGCUUUGAAUGGAAUGUUCCUAAGAUAUUCUCAUGGCUAUUUUAUAUAAGGAUACAAAAGUGAUUAUUUUAUUAUUUAUGUAUUUAUUCAUUGUUACAUUAUUUUCUCCUUAAUCUCCUACUUUAUUGACCAAUGUCUGGUAACUGUCCGAGAUCAUAGAUUGCAAACAUUAUCCCUUAUUCUUCCUCAACUAGACUUGAUUUUCAAGUAAACAUACGCUUAGGUUGAUAAUACUCUCUUUGUAAAAUAUACUAACCGAUCCACAGAUUAAGCGAUUAACUUCCUGUUAACCUAAUUUCUAUCAACUGCUGCCUCAAUAUUUUAUUUGGAAAGUAGUUAAUAAAUUACAGUUAUAAGUCACAGUUUUGCUGUUUUGUGAAUAUAUAACUAUUGUGGUCACCAUAUUCCCAAUGGUGGCCUCUCCUGCUGCCCACAUUGCCCUGAAGUAGGCCCCAAACCCUAGUUGCUCAAUACUCAGGUUAUAGACCAGUAUCUAGAUGCCACCCAGGAGAGCUAGGCCUUGCUGGAAAUGUUCAGAUUUUGGGAAGAAGUGAUGGAGAAGUAGGUUACUGGUGUACCCUCAACCCAUGAAUCUGUCCACUUUGAGUUCUCUAUUUCCAAACUGAAAACACUGUCUGUAGUUAGGAAGAAGAAUUUUCCAAACCUCUCUUAUUAGAAAAACUGUCUUACUAUAAAAUCUCAAAAACCCCUUAAGGAGUAAGUAAGGCUUAAUUACUUAAAGUAAGUAAGUACGAGUUUUUAGAAUAUUUGGAUCCUUUCUCAGGUUCUCCAACCAGUACUAUCUCCCUGAUAUGAAGCAAAGUGACUUCCAUACAGAUCAUUGCCCCACUCAAGCUCAUGAUAGAGAAGGUCAAAGGCAUGGACCCUUGUUACAUUGAUCACACCAUAUUAUGAAAACCGGUGUCUUCUCCAAACAUCUGCUUACAGCAUUGCCAUUGCAUACUCUGCUCUAGUAUUAGGACAAAUGACUAUUUCCUGGGAAAUUGCAUGGCAGUGGGGUAGAGGUGCUUCCUGACUUGUAGAGGAAGCUAGCAGCUAUGGAGCCAAUCCUAGUACUUUUUGCUCUGGGUCUCUUAUUCUCUCAUUUUCAAAAGCUCUUUAAAAUGAAAUAUCAAGUCACAGGCAGGUCAUUUUAUCUGGAGUGAAUCAUUUGAGGAAUUGAAGUGCUGGUCAGCUGUACUUUAUUGACUUCGCAAGGAAAAGAGAAGAAUAACCUCAAAAAUGUCAUGUCCUUCAAGGAAUGGUGGCAUUCUAGAAAGAAAAUUCCAUGCAGUUUAGAGAGGACAGAUUUCUCUAGAGACGGAGCAGAAAUUCUAGUAGUUCACCUUAAAAAGAGCCUUAUAGGGGCACCUGAAUUGCUCAGUGGAUUAAGCCUCUGUCUUCAGCUCAGGUCCUGAGAUCAGG